GCAGCGCGGGUCGGUGGCGCGUGUAUAUGGGUCUUUCGUGAGAAAUUUUCUCUCUCGCGUUAAACGACAGGGGUGCAUGAAUCUGUCUACCUGGCUAACUGGGCACAUCGCGCGCGCACAAUGGAUCCGUCUAAAUUGAAAGUGGUAGAGUUACGAGCCGAGCUGGCCGCACGCGGUCUCGACACCAAGGGCAACAAACCAGUGCUUGUCGAGCGGCUACGCAAGGCGCUGGAGGAGGAGGAGAAAAGAACGACGACACAAGAAUAUGAUCAAGAAAAAGCUUCGUAUACAGAGAAUAUAGGUGAUACAGCUUUUAAAGAAAUACAAGAAACAGUUGCGGAGGCCGCAAGAUCUUCACAACCACCAAGGACACCUAGUAGAGCAUCAAGAAGUUCUUCCAUGGUGACUCCUACAAAAGUUUCUACGAGGAACGCAUUAAGGACAGCUACAACUCCAAAUUCUUCAAAGCAAUCUACUCCGAGCAAACUUCAGUACACUGAGAAAUCAUAUGAAACAUUAACGAUAAUAUCAGAGUCUACUUCUGAGGAACAUGAAACACAACAAGAAGAAAUAUUAAAAUAUUCUCCUGAAAAGCUUGAAGAGAAACAAGAAAAUACUGCGUCAAAUAUUAUUCAGGACAAAACUCAUUCAACAUUGUCUGUAAAAUCUCAGGAAGAAGUAAAACAUAUUAAUAUUUUAGAAGAUAAUAAAUAUGAAGCAAAUGUUCUCCAAGUACCUGUGACAGAAUCAUCUGAAAAAGCUAGUACAAUUGCAUGUGUAGAUCAAUUUUCUAUAUCUCAAGAAGAGCAUGAAACAAAAUCUAGUAUAGAUGAAGUUUACAAAGUUCAAAAACAAUCUGUAGAAACAAAAAGUCUAGAGGAGAAAGCAGAAAUUAAGGAAAAUGUCGAUGUCGAUAAAGUGCAAGAUACUUCCGAAAAAGAUACUGAAAAUAAAAUUUCAGUUGAACAAGAGGAUGUAAAUUAUAGAGAUGAUACAUAUAAUGAUAAGAAUACUUUAAACAUUCCAGAAGUUGAACAAUCACAUGUGAUACCUGAUCAGGUAGACAAAACAAGUAAUAUCGAAAUAAAAGAUGAAAAGAUUACUAAUGACAAUUAUACAGUACAAGAUGAAACAAUGGACGUUUCUGUUAAUAUAGAAGAUGUAGAUGAGAAAAUGGGUAAUAUUCCACAAGAUGAACAGAUUAUAGAAAUGUCUGAAAAAAAACAAGAAGAUUUAAGCAAACUGGAUGCAGAAGAAUCAAAUAAAAAAGAAUACAAUGACAGGAAAAGGAAAAGAUCUCCUAGCCCAAUGGAAGUCCAUCGUGCAUCUCCUAUAUCACAGAAGGGAGAAGAUGAACCAGAUUUUGAUGAAUCAGCUAUGAUCUUAUCUUGGUAUGAUUCUGAUUUGAAUUUAGUUAUCGACAAAGAAGGAUUUAUUUCUGCUACACCUAUGCAUAACGGUGAUUUCUGUCACAUAUGGGCGGGUGCAAGAGCAUCUCAUGGUUUCAUAAAUGGAAAAGUAUACUAUGAAGCCAAAAUUACAGAGCAUCAUUCUUCUGACACAAAAGACGAAAAAUAUGUGCUUAGAAUUGGUUGGUCAGUUCCCUUCACAUCUAUGCAACUUGGUGAAAAGGGAUUGAGUUAUGCAUAUACGAGUGCUGGGCAAAAGGGCACUGACGGAAAGUUCACAGAUUAUGGCUCGCAAUUUGGCAAGGACGAUGUUGUGGGAUGCUACCUUGAUAUGACGCCCGAGAAUACCGUAGAAUUAUCUUAUACAGUGAACGGCAAAGAUCUCGGAUCCGCAUUUAGCAUCUCCAAAGAAGAGCUCGGCGAUAGACCAUUAUUUCCACAUAUUCUGAGUAAAAACUGUACGUUUGUCUGCAAUUUCGGGCAAGAACACGGGUGGUGCGAACAAAUUUCGGAUUAUAUCUUAGUGGGUAACGUAGAAUCAAAGGACAGAAUUGCCGGUCCUCGUAGACCGGACACAAAAGCACACUGCGAAGUGAUAAUGAUGUGUGGUUUGCCUGCGGCGGGAAAAACUAUCUGGGCGAGGAAACAUGCAGCCGACCAUCCAGAUAAAUUGUAUAAUAUUUUAGCGCUCCACAACUUGGUUGAAAAAACAGGAGACGUUGCUCUAUCAGAUCAAGAAAAAAAUUGUCGGCGAGAAGUAAUUAUUGAUAAGUGCAAUCGCGCGCUCGAUCAACUGAUCGAUGUGGCAAGUGGUAGAAGACGUAAUUAUAUAUUAGACCAGAAGAGCAAUGUCUAUUCUUCUGUACAAAGGCGUAAAAUACGAAAUUUUUGCGAAUAUCAACGAAAAGCGGUCGUUGUCAUACCAACAGAUGAAGAGUACAAUCAACGUUUGUCCACUCAUAAUACAAUCGAAGGAAAUGUCUCAGAAUCUGAUCUUAAGGAAAUGAAAGCAAAUUUCACUGCACCUUCGGUGGGAGAGAACUUUGACACAGUGGAAUGGGUCGGACUUGAUGAAGAAGAGGGUAAGAAGCUUAUCGAGAAAUAUAAUAAGGAGGGUAAAGAGGCCGGAUUUGGUCAGCAAUCGUCGACAACAAAACGACCGCGUCUUGACAAGACUGAGACUAGUAACAGAGAAACGCGCGAUUCGCGGAACAAUCGAGACACGCGAGAUCAUAGAAGAAAUAAUUAUCAAGACAGAGUUCGCAAUCCAUCUUGGCGCGGUCCUAAUAUGGGAGGUUGGAGAGGAGAAAGACCACAAAGAGGUGGAUAUAUGAGGCAUACUGGUGGUUAUGGACCUCCUCAUACUCCAUGGAGGCUUCGAGGACGAGGUGGACACGCAAUGAUACGAGGGGUCGACAGAAGAGUUGGUAAUGUUGACAGGAGAUCAGGAAAUGAUAGAAACCGAUCUGUCGCACCUAGACAAGGAAGUUGGGGUCCUAUGAGUGGAAGUUAUCAAGGAUCACAGCAAUCCGGUUGGGGUCAGCAGGACAAUUGGUCGAGUAAUCAAACCCAAGGUAAUUGGAAUCAGCAAAGUAGCUCCGGUUGGGGUCAGCAACAAUGGGCAGGUGGUUGGAAAGGAUACGGUCAAAGCACAUACAACCAAGCGGCGGGAUACAAUCAACAGGGAUAUGGCAAUGGUAAUUGGAAUAGCUGGAAUCAGCAGUAUUACAACAACCAGUAUUGGGGCCAGCAACAACAGAGUGGUCAAACCACUGCAGCUGGCAGCCAAGCUGUAAGCAAACAAUAAUCCAUCAUCGUAAUCUUACCGAGAAUGGAAACUGAAUGUAAGGAGAUUACAAGUGAAAUGGUUGCACUGACUUCUACCAACAUGGGAGGAUAUAAUUAUUCGCAACAAUAACAGAGUCUUACACGCGAAUAAAUUGCCUGCUCACAAAGUACUGCAAUCAACAUACAAAUCUCAUAUAUAUAUAUAUAUAUAUAUAUAUAUAUAUAUAUAUAUAUAUAUAUAUAUAUAUAUCACGGUAUUGACAAGUGUUUGAAUUUCUUGUGCGAUAUAAACCUCAUAUAUAGAAUUACAUUACACAUUAACAUGAUAACGGACAUAUUGUGCUUUUGGUAAAGAUUCUUUCACCCUCAUGCACAAAAAUAUUAUUACGAGCUAUUAAAAAGAAAACUCUUUCUCAUUGCAACAAAUGAGAAAAAUUAUUUUAAAAUUAUAAUAUAUUAACGAGUUUUAAAAAUCCUUACCGGAAACACAGGUCUAAUAAUCUAAGUGCAUUAAAACGAUAAUGUAACAUUCACAAGAAAAAAAAAUAUAACUUUUUAUCACAUUUUCUCAAGGAAUCAUAAAAAGAGAUAGGAGAAAGAGGAAGAGUACUACGUAUGGGUACAAACUACAUGCAAGUAGCAUUAAAAGUCGAAAAAAAAAGAAAAAUAGUUAUUCUCAAAAGUUCUUGUAAAUAUGUACAGAUCUAAAGAGAAUUGUGCAGAAAAUUAUCAAUCUAUUUAUACAAAUAUAUAUAUAUAUAUAUAUAUAGCGAAUUUGGUUCACACAAUGAGUACUAGUGCAUAUUGGAGAUUGUUAUACACGAAUAUUGAUAUAAGACAUUCAUAAUAUGUUAUGAAUGCUUUUCUAUAUUAAAAUUGGAUGCGUGUAUUGCCGCGUUCUGUCGCCAAAAUGUGAGAUGAAGCUAUUAAAUCAGCCAGACACCCAGCAUAAAUUACAUCACAUUGGUCAGUAUAUUAUAUGUUAGAUGUUUCAUCAGUUUACUUUUUUAUACCUAAUUAAAUUAGUGUAUGAUAAGCUUUUUAAUCGUUGCAUGCCAGGCUUGUUAGUGCAUCCAACCAAAUUCGCUAAUAAUAAAUCUUUAUACAGUAGUGCCCUAUUAGAAAGAAAUAUAUAUAUCUUUAUCUUUCUAUACACCAUUGAUAAUGUAUGAGAAGAAAAAAAAUAUUGUGGCAUAAAUAAAUUAUUCUUUGACACACGUUUUAUACAUGCAGAUCUUUCAUUGCACAACACAACACGCAGAACAAGAUCUCCCUUGCUACGAUAAUUAAUUUUAUUUAUUAAGCAUCCCAGAUGUUUGUACCUAUAUUGUAUCUUCUAAUUACACGAAAUACUUCUUUUUAAUAUGAUUAUCAUGUACAUGCAUAAAUAUUAUAUUUUCUUAAUAUCGAAAAUUUCUAUGCAUCUAAUUUUGCUCAUUGGUCUUACAGCUAUUCUACAUCAGUUAUUGAUUCACAAUGCACUUGUUACCCUACGUACUUCCUCUGCUAGGAUAUAUUUCAAUUUCCUUACAUCCUCUUGAAAAUAUAAAAAGCGAACACUUGACUAUGUCCGUCUGCACGAAAAUUUGUUUAUUUCUAUCUCAACUUCAUCUGUAUAUGUGUCUCGCGACGAUAUAUUUUUAUAUAUAUAAAUAUCGUUUAUAUGUUUAUAAACACGAUGUUUAUUAACAUCCAUCCUGAGAAUAUAAAAGCGUGAACCAAUUGUUCGUAUUUACAUACAAAUUCACGAAUUUAGUGAAGCGAACAUUAUAUAAUUUAGUAACGAAAUAAAUGCGAUCAAGCAUCUGUGUGUGUAAUACAAAUCACCUUUUCAUUAUGUCGAUCGGAAGUAAAUAUUUGGAAAAAUCUUGUGAACAAAAUGGAAGACGAUUUCCAUCUCCCUUUAUGAAUUUGUUCAAUUGUAGGAGAGAGAGAUCUUUUUUUACGUUCGAAUAAUGAUUGUCUUAGCUCGGUUUUUUUUCUUCGUACAUAUUGUACAGUGUGUACAUUAUACACUGUCUCAUUAGCUCGUUUUUUUUCCUGCGUACAUGUUGUACAGUGUGUGUGACAUUCCGAGCUAAAGUACUUCUGUGUGAAAUCGAAAAUAAUUUAACAAUUAAGAAUAACGAUACGCAAAGUUUUAGAUAUAAUUAAAAGAUAUUAAGAAAAACGAUAGAAAGAAAGAGAAAGGUGAGCUAUUUUUUAAGAAAUAAUCAAGAAUUCUAUAUAUUUAAUCUACACAUAGCAUAUGCUAGUACCUCUGUGUUACCACAUAAGUGAAGAAAAAAAUAGGGCAAUAUUCGUGUGGACCGUAUUAUAUAAUGAUGAUAAUCAGUUAGUAAUUUUUUUCUAUAUGAGAAAAAACAAAAAAAUUAAUAAUAAUAAUCUAUGUAAACUCUUAAUUGUUGACACAAAAAUGUACAAACUUAUUCGUAAAAAUAAAAAGGUUCUAUUUA